AUGUCAUUAACAACAGUGACGUCCAAACACAGACUCAGAGCCAUCUGCAGACUGCAUAGAAUACAAGGACACAUGAUGUCCAGUAGCGUGGAGCCUGAGGUCCUCCUGGAGAAAGUGGGCCGGACUGGUGUGAUCACCUUGAACAGACCAAAAGUGCUGAAUGCCCUCAAUUUGACGAUGAUACGAGCCAUCUACCCUCAGCUCAAGCAAUGGGAGAGUGGUGACGACACAGACCUUGUGAUCAUCAAAGGGGCAGGCGGGAAAGCCUUUUGCGCCGGUGGGGACAUCAGAGCUAUUACUGAAGCGGGGAAAGUUGGCGAUCCCCUUGCGAAAGUGUUUUUUCGUGAAGAAUACAUCCUGAACAAUGCUAUAGGGACAUGCAAAAAGCCAUUUAUUGCCUUUAUUGAUGGAAUAACAAUGGGAGGGGGAGUCGGUCUCUCAGUUCACGGACGUUUUCGAGUGGCCACAGAGAAAACCAUGUUCGCCAUGCCGGAGACCGCCAUCGGUCUGUUCCCCGAUGUUGGCGGGGGUUACUUUCUCCCGAGGCUUCAGGGAAAGUUGGGCCUGUUUCUGGCUCUGACUGGCUUCCGCCUCAAAGGCCGUGACGUGCACAGAGCUGGAAUUGCUACUCACUUUGUUGAGUCCAAAAAGAUGUUAGACCUGGAAAAAGAAUUGAUAGACUUGAGGUCACCCUCUGCUGACAAUAUCUCCAGAGUGUUAAACUCGUUCCAGAACGAGAGCAGCCUUGAUCUUGAGAAGCCUUUUAUCCUGGAGGAACACAUAUCUGACAUUGAAAGGCUAUUCAGCUCAAGCAGUAUGGAAGGCAUUAUGCAGAAUCUGAAGGCAGACGGCUCUGACUUUGCAAAGAGGCAAGUGGAGACAUUGUCCAAGAUGUCGCCCACGUCGCUGAAAAUGACCUUUAAGCAGCUCCAACUGGGCGCCACUCUCAGCCUGCGGGACGUGUUGGUGAUGGAGUAUCGCUUGAGUCAGGCGUGUAUGCGGGGCUGUGACUUCUACGAGGGUGUCCGGGCAGUUCUGGUCGACAAGGACCAGAGUCCUAAAUGGAAACCGUGCACCCUGGAGGAGGUAACUGAUCAAAGUGUCGAAGAAUGCUUCUCAUCACUCGGAGAAAUGGAUCUCUCUUUGUAA